AUGCAGGAGCCCUCCGCGAAGAUGGUGGAGCGAAUGGGGCGCAUCAAGCAUAAGAUUUUGGUACUCUCCGGGAAGGGUGGCGUGGGCAAGAGCACGGUCUCGACGCAGUUGGCCCUCGCUCUUGUCAAGGCCGGGAAGAAGGUGGGCCUGUUGGACAUCGACCUGUGUGGCCCCAGCGUGCCCACAUUGCUCGCUCUCAAGGACAAGUCCGUGCACCAGGCGUCGGAAGGGUGGGUUCCUGUGUUUGCAGACAAGGAGCAGCGCCUCAGCGUGAUGUCCAUCGGCUUUCUGCUGGACAGUCCAGACGUGCCUGUGGUGUGGCGAGGUCCCAAGAAGAACGCUGUCAUCAAGCAGUUCCUGGAGGACGUGUGCUGGGGCGAUCUCGACUAUCUGGUGAUCGACACGCCGCCAGGCACAUCCGACGAGCACAUCUCAGUGACACAGUACCUGGGCUCGUUCAAUCCGGACGGCGCGGUGAUUGUAACCACACCGCAGGGCGUGUCGUUGUCGGACGUGCGAAAGGAAAUCAGCUUCUGCAAGAAGAUCGGACUGCCUGUGCUGGGCGUUGUGGAGAACAUGAGCGGCUUCGUCUGUCCGUGCUGCCAGGAGGUGACAAACAUCUUCUCCACCGGUGGCGGCGAGGCCAUGGCCAAAGACAUGGGGGUGCUGCAGAGCUUCAUCGCCACUCUGCCCUCCGAGUAG